AUGCUCUCUGCUCUUUCAUCUUCCGACCCUUUGCUUUUAAACCCAUUCUCGGCGUUGGACGGUGGUUUCACGCCGUGGGACUGCCCUGACUUUUUUACAUUCGAACCCACCAGCCCCAACCCCGUUACUUCUAGUUCAGGUUCGGACGACCCAAACCAAACCCAUGCCGAAGAAAAACCAGCCUCAGAGGAGUCGAACCGCGUUGCAUCGGUUAUGGAGGAGCGAAAACGCAGGCGAAUGAUAUCGAACCGGGAAUCGGCACGAAGGUCGCGCAUGCGUAAGCAGAGGCACCUAGAGAACUUACGGAACCAGGUGAACCUUUUUAGGAUUGAAAACCGGGAUCUGAACAACGGGUUGCAGUUCCUCCUUCACUGCUGUAACCGCGUACGAACCGAAAACGAUUGGCUCCGGAACGAGCGAACCAUGCUCCGCCAAAAAUUGUCCGAAAUAAAUCAAAUGUUGGUUUUCCAACAAUUGCAACCCUUCUCCUCUGCAUGGCCAUGCAAUAUUAUCACACCGGAAUAAACUUUUGAUCACCAUUAACCACGUAAACUAAUCACAA